AUGGAAGGCCUUCCUCGUAUGCCGAUGUUUAAGGUGCCGUGGAAACCAAGUCCCGUGUCUCCGGACAUUUCUCCCAUCAAAAAGAAAGUCCGUGCCAGAUACGGGGAGCAGAUGCACAUAGACGAACAAUUAUUUAUGUCAUUCUUACAGCUGAGAACGAAUAGCUGCAAGCCGCCUAUUGAUGCGAGCAGUAUAUCGAACAUUCGGCGGUAUUACGCUCAACUGAUGCUUUUGAAAAAUCGAAUAGAUUUUUCCGAACCGAAAUUUGUCCAAUGGCCGUGGCAAGAUGCCCUUGUUGAAAUCAGUUUCGUGCGUGAGGAGGUUGAGUAUGAGGAAGCAGCAACCCUCUACAAUUUAGGUUCUGCCCAUUCUAUUGUUGGCGAACAAGAAGGUCGCGCGGAUGAUGACGUACGUUCGAGAACAGUGCUUGUCUUUUUUUCUUUUAACGGACAGAUCGACUGCAGCACAUUAUUUUUACCGUUUUUCUCGAACUAA